AUGCUUAGAAACUCCGUUCCUAUAAAUGGCGUAAUCGAAGAAGAAAGUGAGCUUAUCGGUAUGUUGACGAAGCAAUUAUAUCUUGCUGAGUCACAAAUGCGAAAAAUGAAAUCCGUUCUGACAAAAGCCGAGGAAGGAUUGCGAACUAAAGAUCAAGAAAUUGGGCGCCUAAAGCGGAAGAUCAAAGAGUGGGAAACUAAAUAUAAAAAUCAGGAACUCUUACGAAGGAAGGAGCAACAAAAUCAAGCCACCAAUUCCGAAUACUUCUAUCAACGAUGUUUCACACUGGAGCACAAGAUUCAUGAAAUGGAGUUCUUAAGUGAUUACGGACUGAUAUGGAUCGGCGAUACGAAAAACGUGACGACGAAGAACGCUGGUAGCAAUAAUUAUAUCGAUGCCUGUUAUGAUCAGCUAGUUGUAAAUAUCGAUCAGUUAAACCUAGCUGCUGGAAAGGGCGAAGUUCACAUUCAUCAUAACGAGAAAGGAGGCGGAGCGACUUUUAAAACACCCGUCUGCAUAGCACUAAGAUUAUAUAAAAACGGUAUGACCGUCAAAGGAGGGCCGUUACGAUCUUAUGAUGCUCCAUUUACAACUUCGUUCAUACGCGAUAUUCUAGAUGGUUACUUUCCAUCUGAAUUGCAACAAGAGUUUCCUGAUGGAGUGCCCUUUACGAUAGAAGAUCAUAGAACAGAAUUAUACGUAGGCGACUCCACUAACUUUCCUGGUCAAGGAUAUCGCUUGGGGAAGCAAUCGCCAGCAGAUAACUUGUUAUCGGCGAGCUUACGCAGGUCAAAUAAUAUUCUUCAACGACCUGGUUGUGCUAAUCCUUCAACAACAGAUAACACUUGCACUUUUCCGAAUGUUCCGCUUUUAUCUCUUCCAACAAGCCGUCUACCGAAGUUUAAGGCCUCUUCGGAAACAUCUUCUGUCGAUUUAUAUUCUCUGAGAUCGCAAAUUUUAGCCUCGCACAAUAACGUUUGUUCUCACUCUCACCUUCAGUCUCAUAUUAACGCUGAAUUAGCACGAAGCAGUCGGCGAGAAAAGAGAGAACUGGCUACAAAAAAUACGGAAUACGAUAUAUCUAUAAAUGAAGAGCAGUCAUCCAAAUUGAGAGAUGCUUUGAAACUUUCCAGUAAUAGCAGGACAAAAUAUCACAGUUGUUCCAACAGAUCAUCAUUCAGGUUUUCCCCGAGAUAAAUAAAAAAUAGAACUGACAUUUAUCUUUAUCCUGUUGAAUUAUAGUACCAUUUAUUUAAUCGAAUUAAAUUUUUCCAGUCGACUGAACACCGCCGGAAACCACCUUCGACCGCGUUCGAGAUCCGCUAGUUUGUCGGGAGAACGAUUAGGUGUUGGCAUGCAAUCGGUGUUACGGCCAAAGGCAUCGAGCAUAGCGGAAAUCAAUAAAGUCGGUCAGCUCAAGAUCGCCAAUCCCAUCGCCGGAUGUUCCGCGACGAAACAUCCUCGUUACUCAAAAUCCGCUACUUGCGCGAGGAAGAGUAUGGCACCGUUAUUGCAUCAGGUUAACGAGGCGACUGGAAAGCCUGGCGAGUUGCGAUUGAAAGUUAGAUCAUUAACCGGUAGCACUAUAUAUCUGGUGCAUGUGUUCGCCAACGAAUCGGUGGCGAGAUUGUAUGAAUUACUUGAUAAAGCUAUGCAAACAUCUGGCCAUAGAGGAUACAAAGUAGUUUUGAGCGGAUAUUCACCGAAGAGACUGGAACGUGUAAAUGCAUCCUUAAAGGAAAGCGGAAUUAGCAGAGACUGCGUCCUUCAUCUUGUAAAUGAUUGAAUGUUUAUCAGCUUGUAAAAAGUGGAUCUUGUACCUCAAUAUGUCACGUUCAGACGAAGGAGAGGAAUCAUUGUGAAACGUUUAUUUACUUUACACGGAGUUUUGUCUUAAAACAUAAUUGUCAUGAU